GUGCUUGAAAGUGGGCGUCGUUCCAGGCUGAGUGUGGGACGCUGUGGGCAGUGUAGCAGAAGGGCUCUCCCAAUGAGAUGGAGGAAAGAUCCAGUGAAAGGCUCUAAGCAAGGGAAGGAGUGGGCGAAUGGGAAGCUCCAGAAGAUCUAUGGAGCUCUGCAGAGUGUGGACCCUGAGACGGGAUGCUGCUGGGGGCGGAGCAUGGGAAACAUCCCUGGACAGACCUUGGGACCCUACGUGGAAGUCACAUGUCUUUCUUCCCUACUUUUCCCCAUCCCUCCGUCCUUCCCUCCUUAAGUUCUUUCUGUCCUAGGUGCUGGGACCACAGUUUGAACCAUGGGCCCCCUCCCUGGGAGGUGUCUGUGGGAGGGUGUUGGGGUUAACAGUGGAGAGCCGGGAGAUCUGGGAGUCUCUGAGACUUGAGUGGUUGAAUGCAGGCAUGGCCAAGAAGAGAGCCAGGCAGUGAGGUGGGGUGGUCUUGAGCUGGGCCUGCCUGGCGGUGCAGGCUGUGGAGUGGAGUUGCAGGUUGACUGUGAGACUGGGAAGGGUCUGGGACCGCCUGGAGAAGCCAAGUGCUGCGCCUGCCUCAGUGAUGGGCUGUGUCUGCUGGAGUGAUGGGCAGGUGCUGGGCUCCUGGGAAGGGCCUGGGAACUAGGGGUCUGCGAGCUUAGCAGAGAGGUCCAGGAUGGAGGUGCGGCUGUUUUAGGGUCCUUUGGGGUCGUGCUGGGCCGGGUCGGCUGUUAAAACCCUGGCAAGGGAUGGGGGUCACAGGAGAGAGGCCACAGAGGGAAAAUAAAAGCAGGCGGGGUGCUUGCUCGAGGCUCUGAAGUUUGCUGCCUGCUGGCGGUCCUCGGAGUGCAGCUGGUGGUGACGCUGCUCACUGCCACCCUCAUGCACAGGCUGGCACCACACUGCUCCUUUGCACGCUGGCUGCUCUGCAAUGGCAGUCUCUUCCGAUACAAGCACCCUUCUGAGGAAGAGCUUCGGGCCCUGGCGGGGAAGCAGAGGCCCAGAGGCAAGAGGGAGCGGUGGGCCAAUGGCUAUAGUGAAGAGAAGCCUUUAUGUGUGCCCCGAGAUGCCCCUUUCCAACUGGAGACCUGUCCCCUCACAGCCAUGGAUGCCCUCGUCCUGCGCUUCUUCCUGGAGUACCAGUGGUUCGUGGACUUUGCCGUGUAUGCGGGCGGUGUGUACCUCUUCACAGAGGCCUACUACUACAUGCUGGGCCCGGCCAGGGAGACCAAUAUCGCUGUGUUCUGGUGUCUGCUCACCAUCGCCUUUUCCAUCAAGGUGUUCCUGACAGUGACCCAGCUGUACUUCAGUGCCGAGGAGGGGGGUGAGCGCUCCGUCUGCCUCACCUUCGCCUUCCUCUUCCUGCUCCUGGCCAUGCUGGUUCAGGUGGUGCCUGAGGAGACCCUCGAGCUGGGCCUGGAGCCAGGCCUGGCCAGUAUGACCCAGAACUUGGAGCCACUUCUGAAGAUGCAGGGCUGGGACUGGGCGCUUCCUGUGGCCAAGCUGGCCAUCCGUGUGGGGCUGGCAGCCCUGGGCUCCAUGCUGGGUGCUUUCCUCACCUUCCCAGGCCUGCGGUUGGCCCAGACCCACCGGGAUGCAUUGACCAUGUCGGAAGACCGGCCCAUGCUGCAGUUCCUCCUGCACACCAGCUUCCUGUCACCCUUGCUCAUCCUGUGGCUCUGGACCAAGCCCAUCGCGCGGGACUUCCUGCACCAGGCGCCCUUUGGGGAGAUGCCCUCCUCCCUGCUGUCGGACUCAGCCUUUGACUCGCUGCGCCUCUGGGUGCUGGUGGCACUGUGCCUACUGCGGCUGGCAGUGACCCGACCCCACCUGCAGGCCUACCUGUGCUUGGCUAAGUCCCGUGUGGAGCAGCUGCGGCGGGAGGCCGGCCGCAUAGAGGCCCGUGAGAUCCAGCGGCGGGUGGUCCGUGUUUACUGCUAUGUGACGGUGGUGAGCCUACAGUACCUGACCCCUCUUAUCCUCACCCUCAAUUGCACACUGCUGCUCAAGACACUUGGUGGCUAUUCCUGGGGCCUGGGCCCAGCCCUCCCGCUAUCCCCAGUGCUGGCAGCAGUCCCCAAUGGCCCAGUGGGCCCCAAGGAGGAUGAGGCCCAGCAGGCAGCAGCCCGGAUCACUGGGGCCCUGGGUGGCCUGCUUACACCCCUCUUCCUCCGUUGCAUUAUGGCCUUCCUCAUCUGGUGGACUGCUGCCAGCCAGCUGCUCUCCAGCCUCUUCGGCCUCUACUUCCACCAACAAUUGGCAGGCUCCUAGCCACCUGCAGACACUCCUGGCGCCCCAUGGCUGCCCCCUCCUUGUGUGCCUCAACGUACCCAGGUGCAAGCAGGCCUGGGCGUUCCCAUUGUGCCCAACCCUUCACUGCAGUGCCUCCAAGGGCACCCCUUGGACCCUGAGCUUUGUGUCAAAACCUGUCUCCCAGGGCCGGUGGCAGAGGGUCCCACAGCCAUUGUUCCUGGGUUGCAUGUGCACAUUCAGGUUUGACAGCAGAGCAAGGAGGCCACGCUUCUGAAUAAUGGAGCCGGUGGCUUUUUACAAAAAGGGAAACAGAAGGGCGAUUGGGGGAGCGGGGGAUGGUGGGCGCAUGGCUCUGGGCUAGACCACAGCGGCUACUGCCCCGUGCCAUGUGGGCACUGCUUUCCUAUAAAGGUCACACACAGGCAAACGGGCAGGUUGUUGAGGCCAUGGUGAGCCACGGGAAGGGAGAUGAGGGGCCCUGUCUGACUCUGGAAUCUUCCUAUCACUGUGGCCACACAGCGGGAACCCAGUGUGUGUGCAUGUGUAUUUAACAACAUAAAUGUAGCUGAAAAGCCAAAAUUUAACUGAGUAAAUUUUGAAGAUAUUAA